UUUUUUAACUCGGCUGGACACGAAGAAAGAAUCCGAUCUGGCGAAAGCCCGUGCGGCUCUGGACUCAGAGGCCACAGAGCGUGAACGUCUGCAGGUGAAGUUGUCCAAGCUGAAGAUUGAUUUUGACGAGCUGGAAGCAAGGAAGUCGCAUCACAUUCAAAUCCUUAAAGAUGAGCUGGAGUUUGAAAAGAAGCUGCAUUCCGCGGACUUGCGCAUGGUCCAAAGCCAGCACGAGUCUCGCAUGGUGUUGGAAGCCGGCCAAAAAGUGAAAGAUCUGGAGGAGGCUCUGUCUACAGAGAGGGAGCGGACCCAGAACAAGGAGGAGAGGGUACGCCAAACCAUGUCGGCCAGCAAAAAGAGGAAACGUCCGAAGGACAGCGAGGGUUUGAGCUCGGGCGGAUGCAAUGUGCCUCGUCCUAAAAUCGCCCAGCAGGUCACUGUGGAUGAGCAGCAGGUCACUGUGGAUGAGCAGCAGGUCACUCUGGAUGAAGUGGACUCGUACGGCAAAUAUGUCAGACUCCGCAAUACAGUUGAUGAGGAUCAGAAUUUGGGGAACUGGCAGGUGAAGCUCCAGAUUGGAUCUUCUGCUCCCAUCGUAUUCAAGUUUGCCGCAGAAUUCAUCCUGAAGGCCCACGAGAGUGUCACGAUCUGGGCGGCUGACGCUGGCCGAAACCACAAUCCUCCCUCUGAUCUAGUCUGGGAGACACAGUCCAACUGGGGACCCGUAGGCCAGGUCCACUUUACCUUGAUCAACGCCAACGGAGAGGAAAUAAGGAUGAGCAAAGCCACUGGCGCACGUUUGGAAGAUGAUGAUGGAAAUUCCACUUCCACCGUGGGAUAGAGGAAAUGGAAUUUCGGUUUCUUGUGUGUCUUGACAUAUGAAGGGAUUGACAAUAAAGCAGACUUUGACUUUUGACAUGGUCACAUUAUAAAAAUAUUGUAUAACAAUACAAUUAAAUGGGCUUUUUUUAAAUAAAAUCUGCUCCGACCUGUACUGAAAUUUAAUUGAAAUAAUUGAAAUAAAGUUGUUGUUCUUUAAAAAUG